AUGAGGUCUCCCAGCCUCGUUGCGUGCACUUCUUCCACCGCUCCUGCCUGGAGAACUGGGUGCAAGCACUCAGCAAGGAGCAUGUCACUUCAACGAAGAGGAAAAGGGAGCAGGCACCUGCACUCCACCAACAUUUGCACAUCAAGGUCGUCUAGAACGCGGUUGUACAGGAUGCAACAGACUUUGCAACCCUGCGCCAGAACACCCACAGUGUAUUCCCCACAUCGCGCUACAGCCCUAUACCAGAAUUUGAAUUUCUCUCAUCGAAGCUGA